CUCUCUCUCUCUCUCUCUAGCUGAACAGAUUCAGUGAUUCUUGUAGCUUUUUGCUUGAUCAGCUAUUUGAUCUUCUGGGGUGUUUCAUUUAUUUGAAGAAAUCCGCUUUCAUCUCCAUCUCUCUCGAUAUCUCUUUCAUCUUUAUUGCGUUUUUCUUUAAGUGAAUCACUUGUUUAGCUUCAAGACAUUGUUGAUCAGGCUUUUACUAUUUGGCUGUGGUUCAUAGCUGAAGAACACGGCUUCGGUCUUUAUCUUCCCCGUUCCGUCUUUGUUAUUUUGGUUGUGAUCGCAUGAUCUGGAGGUGAUCGUGAUAGGAAUCAGGGGUUUGAUCGAUUGAUUUUAUUUGGGUUUUUAGGUGAAAUCGUUUUGAAAUGGGGGAUCUAAGUGAUAAGGGUUCUGAAUGUGAUGAUAUGAUGAACUGCAAAAGCAGCCCAGAGAGAGGCGGAUCAUCUUCAUCGGACGGUGGUAGUCAUACGAUCAAAACCUGUGCUGAUUGUGGGACCACCAAAACCCCUCUCUGGAGAGGAGGCCCAGCUGGCCCUAAGUCUUUAUGCAAUGCUUGUGGGAUCAGAAGCAGAAAGAAGAGAAGAGCUCUUUUGGGUAUCUCAAAAGAUGACAAAAAAGCCAAGAAAACCAUGAUCACCACCACAGCCCCCAUGACUGUCACCUCUACAUCUGGUGGAGAUAGUCAAACUAGUGGUUUGACCACCAUUAAAAGCAGCAACAUGGUUGAUUUUUGUUUGAAGAGGAGAUUAAUGGCACUUGGUACAGAAGUGGUGUUGCAGAGACCAAGAUCAAGGGUCACAAAACAGAGGAGGAAGAUUGGUGAAGAAGAACAGGCUGCAUUUUUGUUGAUGGCUUUAUCUUGUGGUUCUGUUUUUGCUUGAUCAAUGACUUUAAAACAAAAAUGGAAACAAGUUUGUUUUGUAGUCUUAGGUUUUUAUGAGCAAGUAAUUAAGGAGUCAAUGAUGAACAUUCUGAGAGUAAGCAUCAAUUUCAAGAAGAGCAAAAUGGUGUAUUAACUUGUUUAGGUUCUUGUUUUUAUUGAAGCUUAUGAUUUUGUUUCUUGAUGAUUCUGUUUUUGUUGGUAGAAAAAAAAGCCAUGUUUAUUUUAAGAUCAUUGAGGAUAUUUUGAU